UGUAAAUGACAUUAAAACUCAUAAAAAAGGACGAGAAAAAAAUUUCAUAUGACUACUUCAGAUAAAGAACACAAAGAGAUAAAUGUUGUUUAUUAAUUUUAAUCAUACCUUGUUUUUUAUGUGAUAUAUACGUUUGUUGUUUAUUUUUUUAUUUCAAUAAAGGGCAAUAACUCGAAUUGGCCUACAGGUGCGGAUCCAAAAUUUUAACUUUAUUAAAAAACCCCAAUGAAAAUGAAUUUCUUUAUACUACACUGUACAAUUACCUUUAUUCAAUAUUGUGGAAAUGAACUUGACAACAGGAAAUGUUUAUCAAUUAAAAAAAGAAAAUGAACAGCAUAUCAAAAUAUCAGCAUAUUGUAACACCCCCCCCCCCCCAAUUUUUUUUUAUGCGUUAUUGUUAAGCUACAUGAAAUUUGCAAAUAAAUAAAUGAUUUGCAGCAUAUUCUUGUAUACAUUUUAAAGUCUGUCUCAUGUUACAGUUUCCAGCCAUUUUUAAUGAAUUUUAAAGAUAGUACUGGUACAAAUACCUGACAAAUUGAAACAAGGGGAAAAUUAUAAUUUUGUCAUUCAUAAUUUGAUUCCUCACAAUUUUUACCUGGAAAAAUUAACAUGACAGAAACAAAUUAAUAAUGGAAAAUGUUUAAAUCUUUCUCCAUCCCGAAGUAUUUGGGACACCUUGCACACUUUUUCAACUUACUGAUCUGGGUACUCAUUUUGUUUGCAAUUAUGCAAAAUCCCCGUAGACUUUCUUAUUUUGGUUGUUUAUUAAAACUCUAAACAGAAGAAGGGCAUUUAAGAACAGAAAAUCUGGACCCUUUUCAUUUCAGUAAAUGGCCCAAUUGGUAAUUCGAUAAAAAAGGUAUUACAAUUGAUUGAUAAUCAAAAUAUUAAGAAAAAAAAUGGUGGAAGCAGAAACUUUAGACAGAGUAUAAAACAUAACUGUGUGUUUUUAUAUUUUCCCUUAACAUUGUAUUUUAUUAAAAUAAAUAUUUCAGAAAUGCCAGGUUCUGGUCAGAAACACUAUGGCUGUUUCAACUGUCCUAAUAGAGUAAGACAGAAGGAUAGGCACAUUAUAUCAUCUAGAAAUAGAGCUUUUAUUGCCAAAUUAACAGGAAGGACUCCAUCAAACAGUGACUUUCUCUGUAACAAAUGCAGAUGUAUGUGCCAGCAUCACAUCAAAAGGAAAACCAGUAUGCCAAGCAGGGUACAGCAGGUUCCAGCACAAUCCACUGAAGUUCCUCCAUUCAGUCCUCCAUCCAUUCCUCUCCCAUUUCCUAGCACAUCUAGAGGACAUGCUUCAUGCUGCAUGUGCAAGCGCCAAGGUCCAAAGCUGGUUGUAGUUCCAGUAGGUGUAAGACAUCACAUCUUCAUCACUAAAGAGGUCAUCAUCCCUGCUGGAGCUCGCUGCUGUCCAAACCACCUACAACAGAACAUAGACGAUCUCAAUCCUUUAUCUGAUUCUACUUUGUUUAAUAAAACAGGAAUCACAAAACUAGUUAAGUUUUUGCGGAAUGAGGUUUUAAAGAAGGAGAGGACGAGAUUAGACUUUGAUAGCCGCGGGAAUCUUGCUUCAACAGAUUACCAAAGUCUGCUUGGAAUUCCAAAAACAGCCUUUGAGGACUUACUGAAAUAUGUUGAGGGGAAAGUGAAGGUCACUCCAGUAAGAACAGUGCGGACAACCUUGGCCAUAUUUUUAAUGAAAUUAAGAGGAGGGGAGUCAAAUCGAAUUCUGUCCACUCUAUUCAAUAUAUCCAAAUCCAGUGUACAUAGAGGUGUGAAAUCAAUACGGACAGUACUGAUGAAUGGUGGAUUUGUAGCAGAAAAUCUGGGAUUUGGACAUGUUACCAGGGAACAGAUAAUUCAGGAGCACACAAGACCUCUGGCCCAGAUGAUUCUUGGUGAUACAGUUUCCCAGCCAGCAAUACUUGUCCUUGAUGGUACUUAUAUAUAUAUACAAAAAAGUGGCAAUUUCAAGUUUCAACGACAGUCAUUCAGUCUUCACAAAGGACGGCCACUAGUGAAGCCAAUGAUUAUUGUAUCCACAACAGGUUACUUUGUGUCAGUGCUGGGUCCUUAUAUUGCUAGAAACAAUGAUGCUACAAUCCUUAACCACAUAAUGCACAGCAACCUUGAGGACAUUCGGAGCUGGGUACAGGAGCAGGACAUAUUUGUGGUUGAUCGUGGAUUUAGGGAUUCCUUGGACUGUCUGGAGCAGAUGGGGAUUAAUGCCAAAAUGCCAUCAUUCCUUAACAAAGGAGAUAAGCAGAUGUCGACAGAAAAUGCAAACACCAGUCGAUUAGUGACAAAGAUACGUUGGGUUGUUGAGUCUGCCAACGCUAGGAUCAAGCAAUGGCGUUACCUAAGACACAUCCUACCUUCCAGUCAAAUUCCCUACAUUGGUGACUUUGUCAGGAUUGUGUGUGCCAUUUGCAAUAGGCAAGUUUAA